GAAACGAUAGUAAACUGACCAUUUAUCACUUUCCCAGAAUCCUCAGUGUCUCUCUCGGACACUGGAAUAUGGCAGGACCAGUGUAACGAGUCAGUACCUAUAGAUCCCAGGAUACAGGAGGCUAAUAGGAUUGCCUACAGUAUAGUAGCUCCUGUGAUCAUCACGGUAGGACUGCUGGGCAAUCUCUUGACCAUCUUCAUUCUACGGUUGCCACGGUUCAGAGGAGUGACCUACACCUACUUCCUGGUGCUGGCUUCGAGCGACUUCCUCUCCCUGCUCUUCUCCAUCUCGGUCUCCCACCACCUGACACACAGAGCGACUGCGAGGUACUCCCUGGUCGUGUGGUACUCCUACCUCGAAGUCUUCUUCUCGAACGUCUUCCUCUCGACGUCCGUCUUCGUCACAAUGUGCGUCACCGUCGAGCGUUACUACGCCGUCUGUAGGCCUAGCAGGUUCAGGGUGAUCCACACGCGCCACUACGCCAAGAGGCUGAUUGUCGGCGCGUUCGUUCUGUCGGCAGUCGUCUGGCUGCCUAUGUGCUUCAUCAAGACGCCGAGGAAGCUCGCCGAGUGUCUCUGCGACCAGAUCUCACUGCCAGAGGAUGCCGGCAGCGCCCACAGGGCGCUGUGGGUGGCUUGCGUGGAGAUCCCCCGGAAUAGGCCUAUGAGGUGGUACCGAGUCUACUCGUGGGUGAGGCAGACCAUCACCACGUUCAUUCCCAUCGCCUUCCUGGUCAUCCUGAACUCCCUCACCUUGAGAGGAUUCGUCAGGCUGAAGAGGAAGAGGGGAGAAUGGAACAGGAGGUCGGCAGGCCCUGCUGCGACAGGAGACGCCGAGAGCGGUGGUACUACUACCCAGGGGCUGAUCAUCAACCAGGGCGUCGCUGACAGCAGCUGGUACCAAAAGGACCACAACAUCAUCCACCUCCUGACGGGCGUCGUGGUGUCGUUCUCGCUCACCAUGAUUCCCGUGGGCGUCUGCAACGCCUUUUACACUGGUUCUCGUUCGAACGACUACGAUUACCAGUUAUUCAGAGCCAUUUCGAACGACCUCGAAAUGCUGCAUCACGCUCUGAAUUUCUACAUGUAUAUACUCUACAGCAAGCCCGUCAGGUUGGCUUUCAAAGAUCUGUUUUGCUUCUGUUAGGCCUACCUAAGUGUUCUUGGUAGGCAUGUCUUUCUUUUUUUUUCGAUAUAUCAAAUACAGUUGCAGAAUAUUCAGUUUAGUCUUAAACAGUUCCUAAGAGCUUUUGUUUCUAGACAACUGAUAUGCAUUAAGUGCUCUAAACGAACGGCUGUUUAGUUUUAGUCAAACUAUCCUCGAGUCCGAUGUUAGAUCUUAUUUAAGUUUUCAUAAUACAAAGCUACCUGU